AGUUUGUAGAAAAUAACUUAAUCCUAAAAAUGGGUCCAGUGGACAAAAGAAAGGGAUUGUUUGCACGUCGGCGCCAAUUGCUGCUCACAGAAGGGCCCCACCUGUAUUAUGUGGAUCCUGUCAAUAAAGUUCUAAAAGGAGAAAUUCCAUGGUCUUUAGAGUUGCGGCCAGAAGCCAAGAAUUUUAAGACAUUUUUUGUUCACACACCAAACAGGACAUAUUACCUGAUGGACCCGAGUGGGAAUGCUCAUAAAUGGUGCAAAAAGAUACAUGAAGUUUGGCGGCACAGAUACCACCAGAAUGCUGCUAAAUAGUAAAGCUCAUCCAAAAUUUCCCAGUUUCUCUACUUGCUGCUAGAACUCCGUGUGCAGCCGAUCAGAGGAAUCUUUUCAACCCACAUAUUACCAUCUCAAGGGGAAGCAUAUGUCUGAAAUGUUCUGUUUUGUUUUUUUUUUUUUUAAGAAAAAAAGAAAAGCAAAAACAUAAUGGAAUUCAGGGUCGCUUUGCUCGCUCUUUGUGCUUCUGUUGAGGCUUCCACAUGCAUAUCAUUGCAGUGAAGAUCUUGCUUUUGUGCACUUCAGCUCAAUUUCUGCUGCAGACUAGUGGAUAGACCUUGCAUUACCAGCUUCACUUAAGAUGAGUUAAAACCAAUCCACACGCACACACGCCGAAUCAUGUACCAGCCUUGCAUUUUAUGGGGCUGGAGUUUUCUGUGACUUUCAGAUUAUCGUUAAACUGUAUUUCAUCAGGGAGCUUUUAUAUGCCUCUCCUAAGCACCACCUCUUUUUUUUUUUUUUUUCUCUUCCUUUCCUCACAGUCCCCCAGCUUAUUGGUAUAUGGCAUUUGUAGCCAGGUCAGUUGCACCCUUGUGUAAUUCCUAAUAUAGUUCUGGUUGCAGGAUUUAUGUGGUACUUUAUUAAUUAUGUGAAUGAAUCAGAUGUAUGUGUCUGGCAGACAGGCUCCAAUGUUACAGGUUGUGAGAGAGUAAAAUGCUGAACAUGGCACUGAAAAUUUUCUAAAAUUGAAAUGUUGGCUUCUGAAGCAUAUAAGAUUUUAAACAUCCACUUUAAAUUUUAAUAUGAAUCAUAUGUGUGUUUAAUCAAGGGACAAACUUACCAGCAUGCUUUUAACUAAUGCUAACUAAAAAAUUAACUAGUUAGUAUGGGGG